CGGUCCCUGGUACGCAGCCGGGCGCGAUCAAAGAGGCCCGCCUUGCAAGUUGAACUAGAACAUAAACACAGGAAUGUGAAAUCCACCACUGUUUAGGCUUCGACUAAGGAAGACAAAUCCACCACUGUCAUGAACUUCAGUUUUCGUCCUCGUUUCUUACCUAGCUACCUCCGAAAACAAACUCGUCAUCGACAAACCACGGACUCUUCCAACUCGGAAGCAAAAUGGUCGGGAUUCACCGUAACCUUACUUUUUGCUGCUGUUUCCGUUACCGCUGCUGUGUCCGUGUACUUGUUCAAGAAAAAAACGAAAGCUUUGAACUCCAAGCUUCCUGAGCUUGAGGCAUCCCUCAAGUCAUCCUUAGAGAAAUGUGCCUCUGAGAGGCAAGGCCGCAUUAGGGCACAACAGUCCUUGAGAAAAGCACUAGCACAACCUAAAAGUGAAAACGUAGAGAUGAAUUACUAUCCCAUGGCACCUAUUGGCAUCAUCCAAUCGUGCUUCACUACAAGAAAUGGAACACCAAGGCAACCCUUACUUGUACCUCUUGCUAGAGCAUCUUUGAUUUUCAAUACAACUCGUGUACCACCGUCAUCACUUGAGGGUCUUGCAGAAUAUUCUCACUGCUGGGUUAUAUAUGUAUUUCAUCUAAAUACAGAUCUUGAGAAGCUAUGGAACCAUCCAUCUAAGUCAAAGUUCAAGGCAAAAGUGAGGGUUCCAAGAUUGCAAGGUGGAAGAAAGGGAGUGUUUGCUACACGCUCCCCUCAUCGUCCUUGCCCCAUUGGAUUAACAGUUGCGAAGGUGGAAGCUGUCCAGGGAAAUAAGGUUUUGCUCUCUGGUGUGGACCUGGUUGAUGGAACUCCAGUGCUUGAUGUCAAGCCCUAUCUACCAUACUCUGAUGGCAUUGUGGAAGCAAAAGUGCCUAAUUGGUUGAUGGAGGAUAACUUACUUGCUGUAGCUUCUAUAAGCUUCUCAGAGGACUUUACUUCAACCCUAGAAAAUUGCUGGAGAAUGGCAGAAAAGAAAUCACUUUAUGCAUCAGCAGGCGAAUUCCAAAGCCUGAUAAAGCAGGUUCUUUCAUGGGAUAUUCGGUCGGUUAGUCAGCGGAAGAGGCCUCAUGAUGCGAUUUCUAAGAAAGACAAUGACAAUGAUGCAUUGAUGGAUGACCCUUCUGAUAUAGAUGGGAGCCUAGAUGAAGCAGCUUGUAUGCUUGAAAAAGAGCACAAUUCUCUAUAUUCCAACGAAGUAAUUUAUCACCUUAUUUUGGAGGGGCUGGAUGUCUCCUAUAGAAUUGAUGACAAUAGUAAUGUCAUUGUUGAAAAGGUUUCAACUUUUGCUGGCCUAAGCAAUGAUCGUAAUUUUGUAGCUAGCCUGCCAACAUCGCCAACAAGUGUUUCGCAAGGGAAUGAUUUAUUGACCCAUGAACCACGUAUCUCCAUUUCUAAUAUUGCCAACAUGAAGGAGCUUUCCUCCUUUGUGAUACGGGCUGAGAUAAAGAAAGUUGAGAAAAACUUUGGAUGGUAUUAUGAGGGAUGCAACAACUACAGCUGUGGUGCAAAAUUGAAGAGCAAGGUUCUAAGAGUCAGCUGUCAUGGGUGUCAAAGACCAGCGUCAGGGAUUGUGCUUAAAUAUAAAAUACACUUUAUGGUGGCUGAUGAUACUGGAACUACAUCGGUUGUCCUUUUUGAUGGUGUUGCCUCAAGGCUAUUGAAUAAAAGUGCUAAGCUCUUAAAGGAUGAAUUGAUUGCGGAAGGACGGCCGGAUUCUUUUCCUGAUGAAUUUGAGGAUUUGGUUGGUCGGACAUUUGUCAUGAAAUUGAGAUUGAGUGAAUACAAUUCCAAGUACAGAUCAUCAAGCAUUAGUGUUCAGUAUCUAUCUGAUGAUGCAGACGUCAUUGGAGAGUUCACUCUUUCUGAUCCCCAGAAUGUAGGAUAAUAUUUCUGGAUUGUGGAGACAAUGAAAUGAUGCUGUCAACUCCUAGCAACUGAUCCGGAUGAUGACAUCCCAUUACUGAACCUGCGCGAGUCUAUCCGAUAUUCUUAACUUUGACUUUUCAGCUUCAAAAUCUACAAAGGUUAUCAAGUACGAGAUAUGUGUUUUAGGAGACUGUGCUGCUUGUAUUAUUUUGCUGAAUAACUAGAAUGUAGCUUGUUUUUAGUAUAUCUAUGAUUUAGUUUUUUGAGAAAAACAAUCGUCGAAUUGUUCUGCAGAUGUUUUGUGCUCAAGACUAAAUUUAGAAGCUUGAUGUGCCUAUAGUAAUGUGUUUUGAUAGUAAAUAUGAUAUAGCGAAGUGAUUUUAUGUAGGCUUGUUUCCUCCUA